UUCAGUUGGCAGUUAACAGUCACCGCGCUCGGUUGCUUAUAGAAGGUACUCUACAUUGUAUAAGAUUGCUUUCAAACGAAGGAGAUCAGGCGGUUCGAACGAUUCAUCGUGGCAAUUCACACAGGUGUGUGCGUGCUAUCAUUUUCGCGAGUGAUUGUUUGCCAAUAUUUACCGUGAGUGUGGACCAAAGAGAGAUACGGCCAUUGACAAGAGGACCGAGGCCUUGUCAUCCAGGGAACCGCGCGAUAACAUUGUGUUUUGCUACCAAGUUCAAACCGGGGAGGUAUAUUCAAACGGAAGUGUGCAAACUGUGAAGGAAUGGUCUAUUGAGAAACAGCUUGACUACAAAGUUGAACUCGUAAAAGGAUCUAGUUUUAUGUGUGACAGGCGGCAACGAUCUGAUGCCUCGGUAGAAUACUCAGUCUGAAACGAGACAACUUUCGACAAGCUAAUCAACACAUCAAGACACCGUUUUGAUCUAAGAGAUUAGAAAUAGAAAUUAUCCGAUUCGCAAAAGCAGCAGGCGCGGUCGUUCUCAGUACGUUUGCAUUUAUUUUCGUAACAAAUCUUAAACUGCUCUUGGGGGAGUGCUACUUAUAUCAGUGCUCAGAGCGCGGUAAAUAGUGUGGUACGUCGGUAGUGAAUCGGUGUGCAUGUUAUUUAUACCAUACCACAAGUGUUCCGGAGAAACGAACCGCAGCAAAAGGCAUCCAUCCCGCAGCAGCAUGUUCUCGACAACGGCCAGCUUGAGCAAGUUCUACAAUCACUUGAGCAUUUUGAUAACCGUUUUUAUUACCGUGAAUCUCGCAAAAAUUAGAGCAGAAAACUGCGGCCAAGAGGAACUGGCGACCUGCGCACGGCCCUUUCAGGUGUUACAAUCGUCAACGGAUUUGUCGAUAGCGACCAAAAAGGAGGAACUGGAUAAAAUAUGCCCCGAUUUGACUAGGGGCCUACAUUGCAUCCGAAGCUACACCCGUCGGUGCAUGACUCUGGAGCAGCGUAAUCGCUUCAAUAAACUCUAUAAUGGCACCCAUCAAUUCGUUCGUGACCUGUGCAAAGAAGGACCCUACCAGAAUGAGUUUUUGUCGCAUGCACCUUGUCUGCAGCGGGUCAGACCGGACUAUGAAGUGUGCGGCCGGACAUACCACAAUACGGUUUCGGUUAUCACACAGCAACAGCAGCAGCAGCAGCAGCAGCAGCAUCAACACCAAGGUCGUCACGAAAGACAUCACCAGCAGCAACCGAACCAUCACACUACGGCCGGACGGGAUGCCGAGGAGGACGUUCGGACCGUAUGUUGUUCCUUCAUUGAAUACCUGGACUGUUCGGAAAGUGUUGCCAAAAAGACGUGCGGCUGGGAGACGGCCAAAUUCACCAGAGGUUUCCUGGACAAGAUGUCUUCAACGCUAAUAAAGAUGUACUGCGAAGAUUACUACAACUCGAACAAAUGUCCCUCGUCGCCUUCGUCUGCCACCAGCACCAAACUGAACAACUUCACCAGCUAUCUAUCACUUCUGGUUCCAACGGCACUGUCCUGCCUGAGCACGUGGUUCUCCGGUUUCAGCCUACUUCGGUUACGAUAAAACUACGCCUGCGACAUCUAACCCAACUCAAACACUCAUCUCAAUAGGCGCAAUAAUCUGGUCACGGCUCUCGUGUAGAUACUAAACUCGAACUCCACUCAGCUUACACGCAGAUCGCCCCUUUAAGGUGUAAUAACAAAAUUGUUAACAUAGGUUACGUAACGCCAAUGCUUGAGAGACGAAUUAUGAUCACAAUUGAUGAAAACACUUGAAAAAUGGAAGCUAAUACACAAGUGGCAGUGCAAUUAGUAUUAAUUAAUUUAUUGACUUGAAUUAGGGACCAGGGUUGAGGUGCUCUCUCUGUCUCUCUCUCGCUGUAUACUCUACCGUUCAUUUAUUGGAUGAUUUAAUCAGACGACCACAAAAACUAGAUCACAAAAUAGACAUCACUCAUGUCAGCAGUUCAUUCGGUCAAGUUAGUUCAGUUUAAACGUGAGAUGAGCUACAUGAAGAUAUUUAUUAACAAACCGUUCCGUCUUUAUUAGUUUUAGGAUGCAUCAGGUUAGCUAAGGUCAGUUCAAGAAUUUAGUAGUUAAGAUGAGUUAGAUUGCAAAAGCAUUGUACAUAUCAGAAUUUAAGUUGCUUAGUAUGUAAUAGAGAAUGACUUUAAUAUAAUUAAAAAUGUAGCUAUAGGUAGAACCGCUGGAAUACAAAAUCAAUAUGAAUAACCAAAAUAAGUUUGCAAAGUUGCAAGUCAAGAAGAUUUCAUCUCAUUUUCUGUUACGCAACGAUACAUCAAACAAAAGUUGCAAUGAAAUCGUGCAAUUUUCGAACUUUUGGUGAAACAAUAGAACUAUAAAACAAACAAAAAUCAUGAAAUAGAAACAGUGUUAUAGCGAAUUUCAAUAUGAUGUAACAUUUUUCCCAUAAACUGAAACCAAAUAUUAUCGGAUAAGUUAUUGCAAAUAGAUAAGAUUAAUUUUUGAAGAAAUUUAAGAA